CAACACGAGCGGUUUAUAAGGCUGAUCACCACAGCAAUAAUGGGCUGAACAGACGUUUAUCCGAGAAUGGAGAUUAACAUUUCUAUAUAUCCUUUUCUGUGGAUGUAAAAUGAAGAUUUGUUGGUGGGAAUAGCGAACGCAGAGAAGAAAUGAGGAAGAUCGGAAAAUGGAAAUGGGCAGCGUUUUGGCUGUUCGCUUUCUCUCUAUUGUGGAGUAUAAUUGGAGCUCAGAUUCGCUACACAAUACCUGAAGAGUUAAAGGAAGGAUCUGUCGUUGGAAAUAUCGCCAAGGAUCUUGGUUUUGACAUCUCAGAUAUCGCCGAGCGUAAGUUACGAAUAGCGUCUGAGUCGAAUAGACAGUAUUUUAGCGUGGAUUUAGGGAAGGGUGAUCUGGUAGUUAAUGGCAGAAUAGACAGAGAGACGCUCUGUGGACAAAGCGCCAGUUGUCUGAUGCCACUGCAAAUCGUUAUAGAGAAUCCUUUACAGUUGCAUAAAGUUGAAAUAGAUGUACUGGAUAUAAAUGACAAUGCGCCAAGCUUUCACAAUAAAGAUGGUAUAUUAAAAAUAUCGGAAUUAACUGCUCCAGGCGCACGAUUUACCCUUGAAAUGGCCGAGGAUCUUGAUGUUGGUAGUAAUAGCCUGAAAACCUAUUCACUGAGCAGCAACACUUUUUUCCGUCUAAAUUUAAAAACUAUUAAAAACGGUGGUCAGGUGCCAGAAUUAGUUCUUGAUAAACCAUUAGACAGAGAGAAACAGGCGGUUCAUAAGAUAAUACUAACUGCCGUCGAUGGUGGUAAUCCAGUAAAAUCAGGCACAUCCUUACUUCAAGUAACUGUUCAGGAUUUUAAUGACAACGAACCAAAAUUUGAAGUUGCUUCAUACAAAGCAUCUGUAUUAGAAAGCGCCAUUAUUGGUUCAAGCGUGCUUAAAAUAAAAGCGACUGAUUUAGAUGAAGGUCUGAAUGGUGAAAUAAAGUACCUUUUUAGUGCUCACACACCUGAACUUGUAAGAAAUGUGUUUAGUGUGAACGCCGAUACCGGCGAUAUUACAGUCAUUGGAACAUUAGAUUAUGAGACAAAAAAAUCAUAUGCGUUUGAUGUUUGUGCUAAAGACAAAGGGAACCCGGAGCUCGAGGGACAAUCUUCAGUUCAGAUAGAUAUAAUAGAUGAGAAUGACAACCCUCCAGAGAUUAUAUUAACAUCUUUACCGAGCCCCGUGCCUGAGAAUGCAACAGUGGGAACUGUGGUGGCACUGAUUAAUGUCAAGGAUUUGGAUUCUGGUGACAAUAGCAAAAUAGAGCUAACUGUCUCUCCGAACGUUCCCUUUAAAUUAAAGCCAGCAUUUGAUAACCAUUAUUCACUGGUAACUGACGGAGUCUUAGACCGUGAGUUUAAUUCAGAAUACAGUGUAGAAAUACUGGCCAUGGAUUCCGGUGUCCCACCCUUAAAAACUGUAAAGAGUGUAAACAUGAAGUUACUUGACGUAAAUGACAACCAUCCGCUGUUCUCACAGUCUUCAUAUAACGUUUACAUAAACGAAAAUAAUCAAGCAGGGACUUCGUUAUUUUCUGUCUCAGCUUCUGAUUUUGAUCUAGGUAAAAACGCUCAACUCACAUACUCAAUUUCGGAUUUAAACUCAAAUCAAAUACCAUCGUCAUCUUAUUUUUACAUCAACUCAGAGAACGGAACUAUUUACAGCAUGAGCUCAUUUGAUUAUGAAAAAAUUAAACUACUCAACAUUGUAGUGCAGGUUAAAGAUCAAGGCUCUCCAUCUUUGAGCAGCAACGCAACUGUUCACGUGUUCAUUCUGGACCAGAACGAUAAUGCACCUGCUGUUAUUUACCCGUCCACAUCUAUGGGCUCGGUCUCUCAUCAGAGGAUGCCCCGUUCUGCUAAAGUAGGGCAUCUCGUUACUAAGGUAACAGCAGUGGACGCGGACUCGGGUCAUAACGCCUGGCUGUUUUACAGGCUCGCGGAGGCCACGGACGCGUCUCUGUUCAGUGUGAAUUUACAUACGGGAGAGGUGAGGACUAAACGCGCUGUUUCAGAGCACGAUGACCCCUCUCAGAGACUGGUCAUAGAGAUAAAGGAUAAUGGAGAACCGAUCCAGUCCACCACCGUCACAGUGGAUAUACUAAUAGAGGACGGGUUUCAUGAGCCCAUGUCAGACUACAGAGAGAAAACUAUUGAGCCAAACAGGAAGAGCGGCAAAAUUACUUUAUACCUGAUCAUUUCUUUGGCUUCUGUGUCUUUGUUGUGUCUUAUGACGUUUUUCAUCUUACUGGUGAAAUGUGCGCGUGGCAGUAGAGGCGGCUCAAGCUGCUGUAUCAGAAGGACAAACUCUGAUUACAAAAACCCCAACAGAAACCUGCAGAUCCAGCUCAACACUGACGGGCCCAUUAAGUACGUGGAGGUUCUGGGAGGAGAUAUGAUGUCCCAGAGCCAGUCCUUUGGCUCUUAUCUCUCUCCAAUGUCCGAAUUCAGUGAUCUCACCCUCAUUAAGCCCAGCAGCACCACAAACUUUACAGACACGCUAAACACGCUUGAUGCGUCAUUACCAGACAGCGCGUGGACGUUCGAGAGCCAACAGGUGAGGCAAACGUAGAUUUUAAAAAGUACUGUUCAUAAAUGCACUAUCCAUUGUUUACAGUUACAGUACAGAUAAUAAUGCUAACAGUAACGGUGACGCUACUUCAGCACCAAGGACAGCUCCCCGCAGUUUAUUCUUUGAA